GCUGUUGACCAAGUAUGCCUUGCUGUCACGUACGUGUGCAAGCAGAAGAUGUAUAUUGUAUAACAAUUGUUAGGCUGGCACGCUGUUAAUACAGAUUGUAGAGGGCGCUGAAUGUUGUACCAUCAUAGCACGCCCUUAUUAUAUCUGUAAGGGUGAAAAUCAGUGAAUGUUGAUCCCGCGAGAGGCACUGAAAUCCGGAAGUCUCACGGGAAAAUUGGGGGGUUCAGCAAGUAAGCUGCUGAGCCGCAUCAGAGUGAUCAAAGAGCCGCAUGCGGCUCCGGAGCCGCGGGUUGCCGACCCCUGGUCUAUUCAAUUGAAUAUAGGUUGAAAAGGAUUAGCAAAUCAUUGUAUUCCGUUUUUAUUUACCAUUUACACCACGUGCCAACUUCACUGGUUUUGGGUUUUGUAUUUAGAGUUGUGUUUAACGGUGGCAAAAUCCAGGUCGACUCGCAAGCGUGGUCGUAUCGCUCAGCGGCGGUUAAUCAUUACAUCACCUGCCAGAGGUCUGACUCCGCCCCCAUUCCUCGCUCGAAUCCAGCACAUCGGAAUGAAAGUAGUCCUCGGCCAGACUCUGACGCUUGGUCCACUAAUCCAGCAUAAACCGGCAGGGUCAGCCUAGAGCGGGAGGCUCCAGUCACAACCAGAGGACCACCACCUUUCGCCAUCCUGUCUCUGGUCACGUUUCUCCCGACAACGUAGAUGUUUUCCACCUGAAAGAACAGCGGCAGAGUUCACGCAUGAUGUCCCAACCUGGUGGCGAGCAUCUCUCCAGCACCGUCAGCGAGGAUUCCACAACCAUCACCACCUCCUCCACCGUGGACGUCACCUCCACGGCAAAGGGGUCUCGUUCCAGCAGGGUGCACAAUUUUGGCAAGCGCGAGCAGGCCAUUAAGAGGAAUCCCAAUGUGCCUGUUGUGGUCCGAGGAUGGCUGUACAAACAGGACAGCUCCGGGAUGCGUCUCUGGAAGAGGAAGUGGUUCGUCCUGGCGGAUUUCUGCCUCUUCUACUAUAAAGACAGCAGAGAGGAGGCGGUCCUGGGCAGCAUUCCUCUUCCCAGCUAUGUCAUUUCACCCGUGGGAGCGGAGGACCACAUCAGCCGCAAGUACGCCUUCAAGGCCAACCCCACCGGCAUGCGCUCGUACAUUUACAAGCAGAGCUCUGUGAUUGGCUCCCAGGCGGAGCACACGGGGAUGCGGACCUACUACUUCAGCGCCGACACCCAGGAGGACAUGACCACCUGGCUGAGGGCCAUGAACCAGGCGGCGCACAUGCAGAACCCCGCCAGGCCGUCUGACACGCUGGAGCAUUUCAACGUGACGCAGCAGCAGAUGGUGUCACAGACCAACCACGUCAACCACCACAGAGCUCCAGAGGGUCCGAGACCCGUGGUCCACGAGGUCCUCCUGGAGCCCAUACACCACGAGGCGGACUACAGCUUCCAACGAGACUCUCCGGCCGCCGCCGCCGCGGAGAUGGACACCCACGCUUCCCUCCCCUCCCACCCCGCGGCCUCCGUCUUCUCGCAGCCCGACCAGUCCUCUUCGUCUGCGCCCGUGUCCCGGGUGUCCUCGCGAGCGCCGUCGCGGGCCGCCUCCACGCUACCCCCCGGCGUCUGCACCAGGAAUGGCCUGGUGGAGACUCCCAGCCCCAUCUUGGAGCCUAACGGGAUCGCCGCAGGGACGUACCAGAGGGCGGCGGCCGACCCCGAGGGCAACGGGCACAAAGAAGUGCGGAGGAGAAGUACUCUGGAGCAGGUGGAGCACUGGGUGCAGGUGCAGAAGGCGGAACUCAAAGGUCCUCCAUCCAGGGACAACACUCUCCCGCGCCGCACGCCGCCCUCCCAGCCCAAGUUCAGCACCCUGGACGCAUACCAGACCUUGCCAAAGACCCCUCGUCCCAGUCCCCCGCUGGCGCGACUGGGCGAGUACAAGUACGCCCAGGACCGCCUGAGCCACUUCCGUCUCACGCCGGAGCUGAGCGGCCCGGGAUCGAACACGACCCUGCAGCUGUACGAGUGGCAGCAGCGCCAGCAGUACCGCCACGGCAGCCCCACCGCGCCUCUCUACACGCCGGCUCCGGACUACCCGUACGGCGCACGGCCCCCCUCGGCCGCCAAGCACAACGGAUCGCCCCGCUGCGUGUCCGUACCGCCGUCGCCCGCCGAUAUGCAGCCGCCGGGCACCAGCAGGACCUUGUCGCCCGCUCGCCGCCCGCACACACCGGCUGACCGGGUGACAGUAAGACCCCUGGGGGACGCCUCAAUGGUGGACACGCCCUUCACUGUUUCCCCCCGCAGGACCAAAUCUCAGCUCUUCAAGGCGUCCACCAUCGAGAGGCGCUCCCUGCCUCCGUCCAACUACAUCACGCACACUGUCAGUGCGCCCAGCCUGCACGGGAAAACGCCCGAAGAGCUCACCCUGCUCCUCAUUCAGCUGCGGCGCCACCAGGCCAAGAUGGCGGCCGCUCGCCAGCACACCAUAGCGCAGCUGCAGCAGCGCCAGCUCGCGACUAACAGCGCUGCCGGCCCCCCUCCGCUCACGCACCUCAGUCUGUUGGGCCCUUCGGCGACACCGGGCCCCUGCGACAGCCAGACGGACGACACGUACAUGCAGCUGAGGAAGGAUCUGGAGUACCUGGACCUGAAGAUCAGAGCGUUAGAGCCCCUGAUCCUCGCGGUCCACAGUUUGCUACUUCACUGCACUGCUGGGCCUCUCGGGCCUCUAAUGACCGUGGCGAGAAAACAGACGCUGACGGACCGUGGGCAGCCUGUGAAGGUGGCGGAGAGCGAUGUGGACGUGAAGCUGAGUCGUUUGUGUGAGCAAGACAAGAUCCUGAAGGACCUGGAGGUGCGGAUCAGCGCUCUGAAGCAGGACAAGGACAAGUUGGAGAGCGUGCUGGACGUGUCUCACCAGCAGAUGGAGCUGUACCAGGAGCAGCCUGCACAUUUCCACAAGAUCGCCUACCAGCAGAGACUCCUGCAGGAAGACCUGGUGUCCAUCAGGGCGCAGAUAUCACGACUCUCUACGGAAAUGACGCACGCCUGGGAGGAUUACGGCUGGCUGGAAAGUUCAGUGGAGCAGCUGAGGGCGGCACUGCAGGCACACAUGAGCCACAGCGCCACCCCGCAUCAGGAGAAAGCCGAGAUGAAGCGCGAGCUGUGGAGGAUCGAGGACGUGAUGGCGGGACUCAGCGGCAGCAAAGCUAACUACAAAGUCACCGUCAACUCCGUGCACAACCCAGACAGGAAGUUAGUGCCUUCAGUGUCGGAGCCCAGCGUGCCUUCUUACAGCGCCGACCUCCAUCUUCCUCCUCGGAGUUCCCUCCAUCCCGUCUUGUCUCACACACUGCCUCACAAGUGGGCGGAGGACGGCGCUCCGCCCCGGCCGCCGCUCCCUCACCUCUACGACUACGAGGACACGCCCCCCGAGGUGCCGCCCCUCCCCCGGGAGGCGUCGGUCAUCCGCCACACGUCCGUGCGCGGCCUGAAGCGGCAGUCGGACGAGAGGAAGCGGGACCGCGAGGGCGGCCAGUACGUGGUCAAUGGCGACUUCAAGGGAGACUUGCGUUCUUUCCUGAGUGAACCGGAGCUGCCGGGCAUCGGUCACGCCGACACGGACGACCACUAUUUGGACACUCAAGCACGCCUGUCAGGCCCGUCGUGGCGACUCAACCAUUCGGACGCCGUCUCUUCUUUCGUGACCUUGAGGAGAGGCCCCGCCUCCUCUGUGGACAGGGAGAGACCUCGGAGUGCCUUGGAGUGUUUGUCCUCAGACUUCGUGCAUCAUUCGGGCGUCCAGCCUGGCGGGCGAAUGAGCGCUGACGAGCAGCUGGAGCGCAUGAAGCGCCACCAGAGGGCGCUGGUCCGUGAUCGCAAGAGGAACCUCAGCCCGGGCGAACGCUCCUCCGCCAGCGUCCCCGCCCGGCGAGCCCCCUCCUCUUUCUCCCCGUGGCCACCCUCCGGCACCUCCGACCCGCCCGCCUCCUCCGUGUUUGAUUGGCGGGAGGAGAGGCAGGUGGCUGAGGGCCAAAGUGACGAAGGUGCGAGGGAGCGCAGGAGCGUGAAAGCCGCCACGCUGGUCCGAGAGACGGACGUUGAACCUCUGGACUUCCACCUGGACAUCAGCAAGGAGCUGUGCAAACCUCAGAAGGUCGCCAUCCCCGAGCGCUACGUGGAGUCGGACCCUGAGGAGCCACUGAGCCCCGAGGAAGAGGAGGAGCGCAGACGCCGCGCGCAACGCAUCAAAGAGCUGCUCAGCAAGUCCAAUGUUCAGAACCUGCAGUCGGCACCUUUAGACCUGACUGAGCUGGACUCGGUUCUGAGGCAGCAGGAGAGGAUCAUGAACGCAUCACGGGCGCUGGCUUCUGAGGCGUCGCAAAAGAGCAAACUGGUGGCGGCUCAAGCUGCUGCUGCUGCUGUCAGCGACACUGCCACCUAGUGGACACUGUAAAACACAUUUCUUGUAUUGCAGUAAUUUGUACUUUUUUUUUUUUUUUUAACCAAAUGCCAACUAAAAAGUUGUAAACCAUAAAAGCCAUUUGUGCUGAAAGGAAAAUGAGUAGUUGACUUCCUAAAAUAUUAAUUGUUCUCAUGGGUUAAAAGGCCAACAUUUAAUGUGUGAAAGUCACUUUUUAACACGCUGGAGAACAAUUUUUUGUUUCUUUCAGGCUUUUAUGAAAUUGUUAAUCAGCCUG